UUUUUAGGUAUCGAGAGAGUGCAUGGUUUUCAUCAGCAUUUUGAGAUAAAAAAUAUGGGAAUUUUAUCAAUUGGCAACAAUGUGAACUAUAACAACAUUGCAAACAUGAUAAUACAGGGGCCUGCCAUCCAUUCUCAACAGGUCACCAACUUUCUCAAACAGAACUAUAAAACACCAAAAGAAUGUGUGUACACUUCUGAGUUCUAUCAACGUCGAACGUCCAAGGAACUUGUAUCAAGCUACGACGCCAACAUCUGGUCAGGCCACUACCAGAGACGCAAGUUGCAGCUGAAAGAUGGGUUCUUUACCCCCCAGCAUAAAGCUUAUCAAACCAUUGGACAAAUCCAACUGGACACAAAGGAAUUGGUUGCUGAUGUGUUUCAAGAUGGUCUUGAAAACAGGGCUAACAUUCAUGGACGUCCGCCUGCAAAACCUAGUGUUAAGACCCAACGAAGCACUGGCGAGCUUGCCCAAAGUUGGCAUAAGGAUGAUGUGACAGAAAUAGAAUUAACGAAAGACAAGUCAAGACAGAAAGAGGAAGAGUUAGCAACCCAAACCGCCGGGCUAACGUACAUCAAACAGCAUCUUGACGAUCUGGAAAUGGCUAUUAAUCGUACGCAGGCAGGACAGCAGUUUCAGAACUGUAUACAUGAUAUUGAACAUCAGCGAUUGUUGGCAGCAAGUAACCAAUCUCAGACCCAAGCCAUCAGCUUCUGUGCCCCCAAUUCACCAUCGUACACACCGCAACCGCAUUUAAAGCAAUCAAGAGGUAGCCAAGACCGCGGCCUACAGAUCAGGUCAGCAGACUCACUGCGGAGUGGUGCGUCGACAACGUCAACGAUAGCAAUACCAGUUGACGAAGAUCAAGAGGCGGAGCUAGCAAAGCUAGCCUGUGAAAGGAAGAAGAAAGCAGAACUGGACCGCCUUCAAUGUAUCAUCAUGGUGCUCAAUGCUCUUCACAAUAUGAGAACACGGGAUAUACGUUCUCGCGUACCUUUAUCUCAUGAGACUGUGAAACUCCUGUUUCGUGAUGUUAUUCUUGAUAUACAUGGCCGACCAAUUGUCAGGUAUGUGAACUAUGAUUUCUUGUAAAUCUUACAUCUUAGAGUGUAAAAAUUUCACUAUCUCACAACCU